AUGGUUUCUCUCCCUGUCUUUCCUCAAUUGGCGACUGAUCUGUCGUGGCCGCCUCCAACCGUUGCGUGCGAUUCAAAUGCUAUCGGCAAGAUGAAAGGGUUAUACCUGCAUAUAGCCACAGCGCUCGAACUACAGUCUGUCUUGUUCGGAGCAUCCACGCUAGCUAUCAUGGUAUAUCUAUACUGGACGCUCCGAUUUCGUCCCGCACGCGGCUCCUGGUUAGAGACACUGGCACGACUCUUGGCCCUCCUGCUACCCUACAUCCUGUUCAUGGGAGCUUGGGUCCUAAGCAUCAGAAACGCGGCAGACUUCUCGAGCAUUAUCAACAUCGGGUGUUACAGGGAACUUAAUGGCCAAGCUGUGUCAAACUAUAAGCCGCUCAUCGCGGAGAGCGCUCUGUUCGGACUCUUCUGCGCGCUUAUAGGACUGGCAGCCUAUGUCCAUGCACGAAAGGGGCCUCACUCUCGAUCACAGCAAGCGAUGCUAGCUAUCGCGCUUGUCAUGUAUGCCGUCUCGUUCGCUCAUUGGGCGUUCGAGAUGUGCAAUUUUCAAACUGCCAUACCCACGCUCUCGGGGGAGGAGAAGAACGCCAUCCAGCUGCUGGUACCGUUCACUCUUCUAUCCUUCAACGUGCUCUUGAGCGAUGCCAUCGUUCUCUGGCGCAUGUGCGUGCUCUCCAAUCAGCACCGUGUCGCUCGUGGCAUAUCUAUCUUGUUGCUAGUCUCCACUGCCGUCGUCAGUGCCAAAACCGUGAUUCGAGAGAGUUCCAUGGUCACUGUGAGCAGUCGCGGAUCCGGGGAAACUCUAAACUUCAAUGACUUUCCGUUUGGUACUGCCGUCCUUGGGCUAAGCCUCGCGACUAACGUCGUGGCUACGGCUGUGAUCGGAUGGAGGGCGUGGCGCUACCGCAGGGACGUCUCCGCCUACAUGGCUGCCUUUCGUCAUCGUAGUAUCGUGGAGAAGAUCAUGGUACUGCUGGUCGAAAGUGGUUGCGUCUACUGCAUCAUAUGGGUAUUAUACACAAUCGAUAGUGUUGGGAUCCGUCAUGUACAAGAAACCCAACCCCAAGAUAUGGGCGAAUCCCUCUUCGGCGCCGGAAACCCAACUUGGCUGAGUCGCAUCAUGCCGCAGUUGACGGGUAUCUAUCCUACGAUCAUCAUCGUUAUUGUCACACUUGAGCAGAGCUACCUGGAAAGGACGAUCACGAACACGAGGCUUUCGGCGUUUGUCGCUGCACGGCCUGUUGCUCCGGAUCCAAACUCGCACUCGCAGUCGAACCUGGACUCCGGAAGGGCGAGAACGUCGUGGAGAUCUACCCACUCUGUACAUCCGAGAACGAUAGACAGCGCGGCUGGGGCCCUUCCGACCAUUGAAGAGGCGGAACAGGUGGAUGGACGCUCGAAGGUUCAGCCCGCAGAGGACCAAACUGAAUGUGGAUCUUUACACCACGUCCACGCUAUCGUUGAACCAGAAGACCGCACGGGGGUUCCUGAGCGCUCGGAUGUACAGGACAGUGUGCAUGGAGACUCGCUGGUACGUCGUCACCGACGAGCUCAGUCGGCGCCAUACCCAUCUUCCUGGCUCGUGGCGCCGGACGAACCGAGGCAACCGCCUCAGCAAGUUCCACUCUCAAUUCCCCGCGCGCCAGAUGCAGGAUGGGCGCGGCAAUACGAUUCUUGGAAAGCGUUGGAAGGCGCUGAACGUGAGGGCGAGCGCAAUGAUGCAUCACGUACUUCAGACCGUCGCGCGCCGCUGUCGUGGAGCAGCUCGGUUUGA